AUGGUCAACGGCUCCCGUGGAAUCGGUAGCGCCUCGUCGCAAGCCGAAGAGAUCGCGACCAAGAUACGCGCCUUGGGCAGCGAGGUGCUGAUCAUUCAAGCAGCCGGCACAGACAAAGAGGCGCCCGCGCGGAUUGUGCGCGCCGCGGUGGACAAGUGGACACAUAUCGACAUCAUCAUCAACAACGCGGGUGCAGGCGAUGACUGCCUGCUCGAGGAUCUGACAUACGAGCUGUGGGAUAAGAUCCUCAAUACCAACCUGCAGAUGGCGACAUUUCUGGUCAAGGAGAGUAUGCCGCAUCUCGGCAAGGCACCGCGUAUCGUGAACAUCUCGUCCGUGAUGGCGCGCAUGGGCGGCGCAUGGGCUACAGCAUAUUGCGCGUCCAAGGCGGCGCUGGAGGGCGUCACCAAGGUGUGGGCCGCGGAGCUGGGCCAGAGCCACAAUGCCACUGUCAAUUGCGUGAACCCGGGGCCGGUAGGCACGGACAUGUGGUUGCGUGAUACCGGGGCUGAUGUGCUGGCCGAGUGGGAUGUCAAGAUGAAGGAGACGCCGGCAGCACCUAGGAUUGGAACCGUGGACGACAUUGCACAGAUUGUGGCUUUUCUAGCAAGCGAGGAGAGCAGAUGGAGUACGGGCAGCACAGUUAACGCCAACGGCGGUUUGUGCUUUGUCUGA